CACUCACAGGGCUUAUGGGCAGUCUGGUGUUGAGGUUUAUGUAUGGUGUUUGAGUAGACUUACUGAGGAGGGUCACAGUGACUGGGCAGGCAGGGAUGUAAUUCUCCUGCAGGUGAAUGAGCCUCGGAACCAAUCGCAUAAUAGGACAGUUCAAACCACUCUAUUCCCAAGUGGUUCGAACUGCACACUAGAAAUUCUGCAGCUCAAUUCCCUGUUCACCUCCGCCACCAUACAGACGUGAUGGACUCUGAUCCAGAUGGGAAGAAGAGGAGCAGAGCCUCCAAAGUGGGCGUGUCUUCAUCUGACUCCGACAGUUGGACAGCAGAGGAAGCAGAGGUCCAUGACAAAUUCAGAUCCACACUGAGGAGCAAGUUUCAGCAUCUGGAUGAGGGAGUACCUAAUCAGGGAGAGUCCAGACUCCUUCAAGAGAUCUACACAGAUCUCUACAUCACAGAGGGAGGAGGAGGGGUUAAUGGUAAUCACGAGGUCAGACAGAUAGAGAGAGCGUCUUGGAGAGAAGCAGCACUAAGCAGACCAAUCAAAUGUAGUGACAUUUUUAAACCCUUAUUGGACAAUGAUCAGUCUGAUGAGUUAUCUGAAAAAUUUGAUUCUGAAUCUGAAGUGUCUGAUCACAGACAACUCAAACCUGUCAGAACAGUGCUAACAAAGGGAGUGGCUGGCAUUGGGAAAACAGUCUCUGUGCAGAAGUUCAUAAUGGACUGGACUGAAGGAAGAAACAAUCAGGAUGUCCUCUUCAUAUUUCCUCUUCCUUUCCGAGAGCUGAACCUGAUGAAGGACAAGAAACUCAGUCUGGUGGACCUUCUUCAGCACUUUUUCCCAGAGAUAAAAGAUUCAAAAAUAUUCACCAGUUCAACGCACAGAGUCAUGUUCAUCUUUGAUGGUCUGGAUGAGUGUCGACUUCCUCUAAAUUUCUCGUCCAACCAGAGAUGUUGUGAUGAGACAGAGCCAGUCUCAGUGGACGUGCUGCUGACAAACCUCAUCAAGAGAGAUUUGCUCCCCUCUGCUCUCCUCUGGAUCACCACCCGACCAGCAGCAGCCAGUCAGAUCCCUCCUGAGUGUGUGGACCAGGUGACAGAAAUAAGGGGAUUCAAUGACCCACAGAAAGAGGAGUACUUAAGGAAGAGAAUCAGUGAUGAUAAACUGGCCCUCAGAACCAUAACACACCUGAAGGCAUCCAGGAGCCUUUACAUCAUGUGCCACAUUCCAGUCUUCUGCUGGAUUUCAGCCACAGUAGUAGAGAGAACAUCAUUUGAAUCAGAAAAAGUAGAAAUGCCAAGAACUCUCACUCAAAUGUACACUCACUUCCUGAUCAUUCAGAAUCAUAUCAGAAAAGAAAAAUACACAGAAAGAAAAGAGACAGAUGAAGAGAUAAUUUUCAAACUGGGGCAACUGGCUUUCCAACAGCUGGAGAAGGGCAAUCUGAUCUUCUAUGAGGAGGACCUGAGAGAAUGUGGCAUUGAUGUCACAGAAGCAUCAGUGUGUGCAGGAGUGUGUACUCAGAUCUUCAGAGAGGAGUCUGGGCUGUACCAGGGGAAGGUGUUCAGCUUUGUGCAUCUGAGCAUUCAAGAGUUUCUUGCAGCUUUGCAUGUGUUCCUCUGCUUCAUAAACAAAGAAAGAAGCAUGUCUGACCAACAUCAGAUCUUCCAGCUCUUUCCUCUGUUCACAUCUGCAACACUGCAUGAGCUACACAAGACUGCAGUAGACCUGGCCUUACAGAGUAAGAAUGGACACCUGGACCUUUUCCUCCGCUUCCUUUUGGGGCUCUCACUGGAGUCCAAUCAGAAUCUCUUAAUGCGCCUUCUGCCACAGACGAGACGUCAACCACAGAGCUCAGAGCAAACAGUCCAGUAUAUCAAACAGAAGAUCAGAGAUCAAAGAAAUUCAGACAGAAUGAUCAACUUGUUCUACUGUCUGAAUGAGCUGAAUCGUCAUGCUGUAGUGGAGGUGAUUGACAGGAGCUCAGGAACUCUGUCUGUAGACACACUCUUACCCGGAGAAUGGAAGACUAGGAGAUUUGAGUUUAAGAUUCCAAAGGAGCAGCUGAAAAAGUUUGACCUGCAGAAGUACAUAAAGACACCAGAGACCGAUCAGACUGAGCUCCUCAGUCCAGAUGAAGUUCUGCAGAGGCUGGUGCCAGUGGUCACAGCAUCCAUCUCAGCCAAGCUGGAUGGUUGUUCCCUCACAGAGAAGAGCUGUGCUGCGAUAGCAUCAGCUGCCAGAUCAAACUCCUGCAGUUUGAAGGAGCUGAACCUGAGUGACAAUGAGCUUCAUGAUGCAGGAGUUCAGCAUCUCUCAGAGCUCCUCAAGAAUCCUCACUGCAAACUGGAGAAACUAGUGCUGAAUGGUUGUUCCCUCACAGAGAAGAGCUGGGCUGCGAUAGCGUCAGCUGCCAGAUCAAACUCCUGUCGUUUGAAGGAGCUGUACCUGAGUGGCAAUAUGUUUUAUGGUGGAGUUCAGCAUCUCUCAGAGCUCCUCAAGAAUCCCCACAGCAAACUGGAGACACUAGUGCUGAAGCAUUGUUCCCUCACAAAGAAUAGCUGUGCUGUGAUAGCGUCAGCUGCCAGAUCAAACUCCUGCAGUUUGAAGAAGCUGGGCCUGAGUAAGAAUAAGCUUCGUGAUGCAGGAGUUCAGCAUCUCUCAAAGCUCCUCAAGAAUCCCCGCUGCAAACUGGAGAAACUAGAGUUGAAGAAGUGUUCCCUCACAGAGAAGAGCUGUGCUGUGAUAGCGUCAGCUGCCAGAUCAAACUCCUGCAGUUUGAAGGAGCUGAAUCUGUGGGGCAAUGAGCUUCAUGAUGCAGGAGUUCAGCAUCUCUCAGAGCUCCUCAAGAAUCCCCACUGCAAACUGGAGAAACUAGAAGUGAAUGGUCGUAUCUUCCUGAAGGAGAGUCCAGCAGCAGCAGCCUCGGCUAGCAGCUCCCACUCAGAUGCUGCAGAGCUGCACCUCAGAGGCAAAGUCCAGCAAGACCCAGGAGCACAGCUGCUCUCUCUGGACACACACACGAAGGAUCACCACAUUGAUGCCCCACAGAGGAGCUGUGAAUCCUGUGCUGAAGUUCCAGACUCCAGCCACUGGGUCCUGGUGAAGCCUGAAGUCUCCACAGAGAAGAGUGUCUCCACCUACAGCCUGAGCUCUCCUGCAGGGAGCUACGAGUGCCCAGAGUCUGGUCUGCGCUGGACGUGUGCUGGUCCAGUCACCCUGCAGUACCGCUUCAUGGACUGGCAUCUCUUGGCUGACGAGCUGCCCCACAUGCAGUACAGACCAGCUGGUCCUUCAAUGGACAUCAAGCUCAUCUCAGGAGAGCUGGAGGAGAUCCACCUGCCACAUUUCCUCUGUUUGGGAGGUAGCCCGUCUUCCCUGAAGGAUGCUGUGGAGGUUCUGCAUAAGCAGGACAGUGGAGUGUUGAUAGAGAAGUGUGAGCUGAGUCGCUUCCAUGCCAAGCUGGUGAAGCCCUCCUUUUCUCUUCUUGGGCUUUUCUAUUCUCUCAUAUCUCAUUUGUUCACUGGGAAGGAGGAAGAGAGGGAGAAGCUGGUUGAGGUCCAUGCAGAUGUUCAGGUCUAUCUGAGCAGUACCGCACCCCUCACGUUCCGCUUGUACCUCUCACCACUGAGUCCAGAGCUUAGUCAGCUAAUAGAGAUCCAGGAGGAACGAUUCAAAGGCCAGAGACUUGCCAAGUCCCGGCCUGGGAGACCUCUUCAGAUGAAUGAGUACUACGCCCUAAAAGCCGACUGUGGUAUUAUAGGAGAACCGACUCCAGAAGAGCUAGAUCUCAGAGAGUGCUCCGAGAUUGCUCCCAACUUCUUUGAAGUGCGCAUAAGUGAGGCUGUGAACUUUAAGAUGGAACUCCUCAGCUCUGUAGACAUACGGAAAGUCUGGCAAGCAUAUAUCUCGAGUUCUGAGUGCUUUUGGUACAAACCCCAACAGGGCAGUGAUGGCCCGUACAAUGCUGAAGAAUUCCUAUCCAACCACAGGGCAGGUCUCAUUGAGAAGGUGACAAAUGUCAUCCAGCUAGCGGAUAAGAUGAUGUCAAACAAACUGAUCAAUGGAGAGGAUUAUGAAAACAUCAGAGUGGCACCAACUGACCAGGAGAAGAUGAGACGAGUGUUUGAUGUCCUGAGGUCUUGUGGUGCUGAAGGGAGGAAGACAUUCUUCAAAAUCCUCCAUGAGCUACGUCCUGCUCUGGUGACAGAGCUGGCUACAUCAUCCCCCGGACCAUAGCAAAUCCUACAGGAGGAUGUUAAUACUGUUUUUACUUUGAACUUUGAGAAUGUCAUGCAAACAUCAGCGUGUGUGUUUAAUGUCCUGGAGUCUUGUGGGCAUAAAGGGAAGAGUGUGUUCAUCAGAAUCCUUAAUAAGCAAUGCCCUGCCCUGCUGGAAGAGUUGGGCGGAUGAUCUCCUGAAUGAUGUUUAAAAAUAUAUAUAUUUUCAUUUUAAUUUGUAAUUUUGUGACUUUGCUCCAUGAGAGCUGUGUUUUGUACAUAUUGUAUUUCUAAUCUGGUGUGAGCACUGCACAAGACUUGGUGUGGACAGCAGGGGGCAGCAUUCGGCAAAACAGCAAAAGGAAAGGAAGGUCAUUUCAUUUGGCAACCCUGGGGACCAAACACUUACACUAUUUUCCAUAAAAAUGUCUAGUGCCAGGUUAGCACUAUGCAGCGGUCAUGAUGAUGAUGAAAUAAAAUUAAAUGAGAGAGGCAUAGAUACAAAUACAAUUGAUAUACAUAAUAAUAAUUUGUUAAUAAUGAUUCAUAAUAAUUCAUAAUAAUAAAUAAUAAUUAAUAUUAUUUAGGCCUGUCCUUCAUGUUGCUCUAAUUGCUAAUCAAAUAAUCAACAAUCAGGUUUCUUAAAUGUCACAUUUGUUGUAGACAAUUUCAAAUAAUUGGAAGUCGCUUUGGUUAAAAUACAUCCGCCAAAUGUAAUGUAACAUU